AUGAAGGGUGAGACUCGUGAAGCUCUGCCACAGUGGACUGAGCUUCGGGAUGUGGGGAACAAUGCUUUUAAGGCCGGCGAUUUUGACAGUGCCAUCACGCAUUACACUCAGGCAAUUAAAAUUAAUCCAGAAGAGGCCUCUCUCUUUUCGAACCGUAGCGCAGCUUACAUUAAAAAGAACGGCUUUGAGGCUGCCGCUCGGGAUGCCGCGGCGGCCAUUGCGGUUGACAAGACGUUUGUCAAGGCUUAUUCACGCCUUCACAACGCAUAUUGUAAUUUGGGAAAUUUUCAUGAGGCUGCGCAAAGACUAAGUGAGGGCGUCGAAGCGCUAAAAACGUCUGGUGCUUCUGAGGAGGACAUAAGACAUGUACGUGAACUCUAUCUGAGUGCGGAUGAGGGUAGGAAGGCAGUUGAGGAUGGACGACGACUUUUGGAGGAGCGCAACUUUGCGGCGGCGGAACGCUCUCUGGCGUCGACAGCGCGAUCAUUCCCUGACUGCGCCCCUGUUGCAUUUAUGUUUGGUGAGGCACGCGCUAUGCAGCAACCCGAGGAGGUCAACCGCACCCUUGUGCGGUUUGCUCAGGCCUAUGCGCAGGAUCCGUAUUACUUGUAUGUGCGGGCCAUAGCCAACUAUUACCGUGGUCAGGAUGGUUUCAAAACCGCUCAGAAUAUUCUUCGUCAGGCGGUGGAGUUGGAUCCGGAUAACCCGAAAGUUAGUGCACUCUUAAAAAAGAUACGAGUGAUAGAAUUUCACAAGGAAACUGGGAAUGCCGCCUAUAAAGAGAAGCGUUACCGAGAUGCCAUUAAUGCGUAUACGUCUGCUUUGGAUAUGGACGCAACCAAUGUAAGAAUGGUAGCCACCUUGCGUGCCAACCAGGCUGCGGCAAAAAUGGAACUAAAAGAAUAUUCAAGUGCCGUGCUUGAUUGUGACUUUGCUAUUAACAAUGGUCUAAGUACUGCCAAGCUCUUUGCGCGACGUGCACGCAUUCACGAGGCACUAAAUAAUUACGAUGACGCCUUAAGAGAUAUUCAAAAGGCAACCGAGAUGGACGCUUCGUACGGGAGGGAGCUUCAGCGCAUCAAAGCGAGUGCAAAGAAGGCAAAACGCAAGGAUUAUUACAAAAUUCUUGACCUGACACCUAACGAAAACGAUGGUGCUCAGAUUAAACGUGCGUACAAAAAGGCAUGCUUACAGUGGCAUCCAGACAAAUGGGCUCAUGCCAGCCAGGAACAAAAAACACACGCCGAAAAAAUGUUCAAGGAGGUGGGUGAGGCCUUCUCCAUUCUGUCAGACCCUCAGAAAAAACGCAUGUACGACAAUGGGAUGCUUGACAACGCAGUUGAAGGAGCCGGUGGGUCUGGGCCUGGGUCUUCAGGUUUUAUGGGACAAGAUGAUGCUUUAAUGCAUAUGUUUAACAGAAUGUUUCAUACAGGUGGGGGAGUACCGAUGGGGUUUGAUUUCAGCGGCGCUUCUCAAGGGCAUCGUCAGCAGCAGCAGCAGCAGACUGGAUUUACAUUCCAUUUUUUCUAA